CGCGGCUCGCAUUGCCACAGUCGCGGGUCGCUCAGCGCUGCCCGGCAGCUGCAGACAUGGCUGGAGUCGAGGCAACCCGGGGGGCGCUCCACUAUGAACAAACUUUGAUGUAUGGCAGAUAUACCCAGGACCUGGGAGUAUUUGCCAAAGAAGAAGCAGCUCGUUUGCGUCAGGAGAAGGACCAGAUAAAAGUAUUUUCCAGAGAGCGUGCCAAGCGUGCUGAAUUGAUCGAAUACGAUCGAAGUCGUUGUGCCCGAUGUAGAAUAUUGAGUGUGCGAUGCCAAACAUUCCUCAUCUCAAAAGUGGGGGAAGACUGGAUUUUCCUGAUUUUGUUAGGAUUGUUGAUGGCUUUGGUGAGCUGGGCCAUGGACUUUGCUAUUGCCAUGUGCUUGCAAGCUCAGAAAUGGAUGUACGGUGGCCUCGACCACAAUGUCUUACUUCAGUACUUGGCCUGGGUUACAUAUCCUGUUGUUCUCAUAACCUUCUCAGCGGGGUUUGUCCAGAUCAUUGCUCCUCAGGCAGUAGGUUCUGGGAUACCAGAGAUGAAGACGAUCCUACGUGGAGUGGUGUUAAAAGAAUACCUCACCUUCAAAACUUUUGUAGCAAAAGUGAUUGGCUUAACUUGUGCAUUAGGAAGUGGAAUGCCAUUAGGUAAAGAGGGACCGUUUGUUCACAUUGCAAGCAUGUGUGCUGCAUUGCUGAGUAAAUUCAUGUCACUCUUUGGUGGGAUUUAUGAGAAUGAAUCCCGCAACAUUGAGAUGCUGGCAGCUGCCUGUGCUGUUGGUGUUGGCUGUUGCUUUGCUGCCCCAAUUGGAGGUGUACUUUUCAGUAUUGAAGUAACUUCAACAUUUUUUGCUGUCAGAAAUUACUGGCGUGGCUUCUUCGCUGCUACCUUCAGUGCCUUUAUUUUCCGAGUCCUAGCUGUCUGGAACAAGGAUGAAGAAACCAUCACUGCCUUAUUUAAAACUCGAUUCCGUCUCGAUUUUCCAUUUGAUCUUCAAGAGCUCCCUGCUUUUGCAGUAAUUGGGAUCGCUAGUGGCUUUGGAGGGGCCUUGUUUGUUUACUUCCACAGAAAAAUUGUGGCUAUAAUGAGAAAACAGAAAACUAUUAACAAGUUUUUAAUGAAAAAGCGCCUGCUCUAUCCAGCAAUAGUGACUUUACUUAUUGCCACUCUCUCAUUUCCUCCUGGCUUUGGCCAGUUCAUGGCUGGAGAGCUCACCCAGAAAGAAACGCUGGUGACCCUCUUUGAUAAUCGGACGUGGGCAAAGCAAGGCGUUGCGGAGGAACUUGAGUACAUUGGAAUCUCAGAGGCCUGGAAAAAUCCUCAAGCAAAUGUCUUUGUGACACUAGUGACGUUCAUCCUGAUGAAGUUCUGGAUGUCUGCAUUGGCCACAACAAUUCCUGUACCAUGUGGAGCCUUCAUGCCAGUCUUUGUUAUUGGAGCUGCAUUUGGUCGCCUUGUUGGAGAGAGCAUGGCAGCCUGGUUUCCUGAUGGUAUCCAUGCAGAUGGUAGUACUUAUCGUAUUGUGCCAGGUGGAUACGCUGUUGUAGGUGCAGCAGCUUUGUCCGGUGCAGUGACCCACACAAUUUCCACCUCGGUCAUUGUUUUCGAGCUCACGGGUCAGAUCUCCCACAUUCUGCCAGUUAUGAUAGCAGUCAUCCUGGCCAACGCUGUUUCCCAAAGCCUGCAGCCCUCUGUCUAUGACAGCAUUAUUCGCAUCAAGAAGCUUCCAUACCUUCCUGAGCUCGGUUGGGGCCACCUUGAAAAAUAUAACAUCCGUGUGGAAGAUAUCAUGGUAAGGGACAUCCGAUUCGUCAUUGUAAACUGCAAGUACAGGGACUUGCAGGAUCUCCUUCACAGCACCAAACUUAAACAUCUUCCUCUUGUUGAGUCGGCAGAUUCCAUGAUUCUGCUGGGCUCCAUUGAAAGGAAUCAUCUGCAAGCCCUGAUUGAUAAUCAAUUGAGCAGACAGAAGAGAAUGGACUACCUGAGAAAGAAAGCUCAGGCAGAGGAAAAGGUAGAUCCUGACUCGCUCAGAAUUAUCGAUGAAGGAAACAAAGGCGCCCCUGACGCUGGAGUCAGAUUUGAGGUUGGAACUGAGCAAUCAUCAUUUUCUCCAGCUCGAAGUGGAUCACAGAAGCCGCUGAAGCCAGCACUAAAGCGCGUCCCAAGCAGUGUACACGAUAUGUCGGGUACCCUCGAUCAAACAGGAAUUGCUUUGAAAAGUCUGUUUUGUGUAAACUCAAUGGAUGAACCAGGAGAGAAUCAGGCAAUGUCAGAGCACAGAAAGUCGAAACGUGUACGCAUAUCUAUAGUGGAUCCAUAUGCAAUUGAAGAUGACAUGACACCAUCAGAGGUUAUGGAAUGGGAAGAGAAACAGUUGGAUGAGGAAGUGGACUUCAACAACUGUAAGAUUGAUCCAGCACCCUUCCAACUGGUAGAGUGGACAUCCUUACACAAGACUCACACCAUGUUCUCCCUGUUAGGACUUAACCAUGCUUACGUGACGAGUAUUGGAAAGUUAAUAGGAGUGGUAGCUCUUAAAGAGCUGAGAAAAGCCAUCGAGGGCUCAGUCACAUCCAAAGGUGUGAAGGUGAGGCCACCUUUGGCCAGUUUCAGGGAGAGUGCCAACAGCAGCAGCGAGUCAGAUACCACCGAGAUCCAUAAGCUAUGGGACAGAAGGGAAAGCCUUACACUUCCACGUGAAUCCAGUCCCUCAGACACAGAUGACAAAUCACACUGAACAAGCCCAGCAGGGAACAACAUGCCUGAUUAUAACUGCACUAUUCACACUUAAAGCACUUGAUUUGGAUGUGGAAAUGAAAUCUUUCAGCUGUUGUCAGGAAGGUUGGAUUUGUAUGAUGCACUUCCAAACAAAAAAGUAAUUUGAAGUUGGUAACCUUAAAAGCACUGAUUCUACAUUUUGUUGAGGAACUUCUAGGGGGUAUGCUGAUUUUCGUAUACUAGCAAAUGUCUUUUUUUUAAACUCAUAUAGAGCCUGAUUUUUAAAUUGAUAAAUCAGUGUCUGAAAGUGAAUGCAGAAAGUUUGGAAAUGGGAUAGUUGAAAAGAUGAUUUCACUUCCAUGUUGGAAUUAAUAUUCACGUGUUUCUUAGUAUCUUGUGUCCUGAUAUCAAUGUUCAGUUGUACCAGUGUUUACAAACAAACAUGCAUAUGAGGUGAUAGCAGAAAUAUCUGGAAACAAGUUUGGAAAUGCAAGUUUAAUGUUUAGGCCCCUCUGGAAAGUUCUGAGAUGAAAUGUGGGAAAUAUAAAGGAGCUCAUUCCAUUUACUGUUUUGCUCUCUCCAGACAUUUGUAUGCUAAUGAAAUAGGCUUAUUAAAGCAUGCUUGUGUUUUAAAUUUUGAUUAAAAAUGUGCACCAGUCAGGUCUAUAAUUGUAUUCUAAUACAGGGAGUUGAUUUGCAGGGAAUGUAUCUUAAUUACACAUAAGGUCCACCUUCCCAAGAAUGUGAUGGUCAUUUAUUCAGGGGUUAUAUAUGCAUGGUCAUCUUUUCCAACCAGAUAUUAAAUUCUACUACUGAAAUUCUUUCCAGGUGCUAUUUGUGUGGCAAUCAAUGGGAUGGCCAAGCUGUUUCCAAUCCCAAGACAUUUCAAUAGUAUGUUCUGCUCUGAGUUAUCAAGUGCACAUUUCAAGCAAUAUCGAUCUGUAGUUAUUGCAGUGAAUCUGUCGAAAUCUUAAUGCCUCAACUUUAAUGUUGUCCACCCAGGAAUGAGUCAUUGCUGCAGCAUCAGGCCACCAGCUUAAUUUAAGCUCUUACAUUAGUUUUAUUUAAAAUCCAGGAAGUCUCAAAAUAUUGGGAAUGAUCUGUGCCAAAUCUGUGCUGGAUUUUUAUUCUUUGCCAGUUGCUGUACAGCCAAGACUGGUGUACAUCUGGUGUGACAGGGGGCAUUGACAGAUAUACUUUGACUUGUUAUCGAUAUGUUGAUGUGGUGAGUCAAUUCUAUUUAAUACAGAGGUAUAUUCAUGGUCACUGCACAUAGUUUUACAAUACUGUACAUAUUCAUGUCCCUAUAAUUAAGCUUGAAUGUCAAUAAAUUGACUUCCAAACUCAUUACAUAACUCGUUAAAAGUGCCACUUCCAAAAGCCGUUGUCACCUUCUAUUCAUUAGAGUUGUUUCAUCCUAUUCUGUUGAUAAACACUCAUUAAACCCAUUAACCACAGUACUUACUAGCUACAACAAACAUAAGAUCAAGCUAAGCAAAACUCAUUCUUUACAAAUGAGAUCCCACUUUAGAUCAAAGAUUUUAAAGUCAAGUGUCAGUUCAAUGUUAUUUAUGUUUAUCUUUUAUUUCAGCUUUCUGCCAAUGUUUUAAACUUCUGUUUAGAACCACAAGCCAGGCCAGGUCAUAAAUAGAUCAUGUUUCAUUGAAAUAGAAACCUGCUUCCUUUUGCUGAAUGUGAUUGGAAUAGUAAUGCUUUGGUGCUUAUGAUGCCCCUGAAGUAUCACAUACUGGUGACUAGUUCUGCAGCUGGUGAAAGAUUAUUCUAUUUGAGCUGAGUUAAAUUAUCAGAUAUAAUAUAAAAUAAUGCACAGAGUUUCCAAGGCAAUGUAAGCAAGUGGUGCAGAAAAUAAAGAAUAUAAUUAGUCCACAAAUUAUUAAAACUAUUGGUAGAAAGGUAGGUAAUUUGCUAUGACAGGUCCAAAGUUAUCCUUUCUGAGCUCAGGUUUGCAAACAAAUAGAGCUAAAGAUGAAGAACAAGAAAGUCUCCUUUAAUAUCUGUGUAAGAUAAUGAACUUGUAUACAUCUCUAAAAUAUAAAAACUCAAAUUCACAUACUUUGAUACUGUAGCUACAACAAGCUCAGCAUUCAAAUCCAAGCUGCAGCUUGGCAACUCUCAAUGCAAGUAACAGAUAGUCACUUUAGUUUCUGCAUGAUUCCAAUUAAAAAAUGUAACGCAAAGGGAAUUAGUGGUAGAGAGCGUGAAACCAAUCAAAAAUUAUAAUUCACAAGUCUUGUAUGUUACAUUCUAUCUUUUAAACAAAUGACAGGCAAUUUGAUUCUCGUUCAGACGUCAUCUAUCAAGGCUCUGAGUCUAGAAUGUUAAAAAUCGGUUUCAUCAGUUUGGUGCCUUACUAACUUGCAUCGAGUUUUUUUAAAGGGACUCUUGAAUUUAACGAGUUGAUUCAGUGUGCAUAAGUGGCAGUGCUUUACCUCUACAACAAUUCUUCAUUUAUUACAAUCAGUGACUCAUUUGGGAGGCAGUGUCCAUGCAUAAAGACUGAACUUUGGCAUAGAUCUUCAAUGUCACAAAUACAGUGCACAUUGAAUUAGUAACCUAGCCAUAUCCUUCCUUCUUGAAAUGUCAUCGUCUCAAUUUCUAGACCUUUUUUGGAGAAUUGAUCUCAGUGGUUCUAUGCUUUCCUAUUUUUUAAAGAGUAAUUUAAUUACCCUGAGUGGCAACUGUUAUAUGAUUAUCUGUUCUUCCUGUGAACUAACAGCACACGUUUACAAUUUGUUUGUUCAUAAGUUCAUUUUUUAACAUUUUGUGGAUGCUUCUCAGUUAUGGCAUUCACAUAUGAAAGAAAUGUUUAAAAAUGCACCUUUGUGUUUUUAUGGAGCAGGCAAAAUGGAUGCAGUGUAACACUACUGAGCCAGUGCUGGAAUUUUCCAAAUAUACUGCCAAUAGCUUUAUUCUGCCUCAGUUCUCUGUACCUCUUGAUAGUUUCUUCUCAAAACUGACUUCCAAGCACUUGUUGGGCAAUCUCUCCUUUUUUCUUCAUCCCAUCCCUGAUUGUCCUUGCUGCAGUUCUGUUCUGAUUGAAGUCUGUCAUAGCCUCUGUAUUUAUUAACAGUUUCCAUAUUCAGGACCUUCUUUCUUUGGUUGUCUGUGAGUGAUUGUUGGCGUGUGCCAAGGAAAUAGUUUAGGCUUGAUUAGUUAUUUGCAAAAUGAUGACAGGGAAGUUAUUGAAUAGAGUCCCAUUUAAAACAUUCCAAAAGGUAAUUUAUCUUUUCAAAAUUGAAUGAUAUUAAUGCACAGUAAUCAUUGCCUUAAGUAAGCUAAAUAAAAAUCAGAUACCCAACGCGACAUCAAAGUGUGUCAGAUAAUAUAUAAAAAAGUAUAUCUAUGAGGAAAGAACAUUGCAAGAUAAACUGCCCAAGUUAAAGAUAGCUACGCCAUAUGUAGAUUGAGAUUUGUAAAUGAAAAGUAAAGCUAUUGUAAGUUGUAUUUAGUUUAUAUACUGUACAUAUCAUUGUUUUGCAGUCUCAGUGAUCUUUCCUGAACUGUUAUCACUUUUUUUUCCUUGGUGUUCACCUACGAGAAACCAACCAUAGGAAAUAAAAGCAGGGGUGGGCUGUUCUGUCCUUGGAGCCUGAUAGUGAUAUUUGAGCAAACCACCAGUUCUAGAUUGCAGAGAUGUCUAUUCCAAUUAUUUAGUAAGUUUUAUUAUUUUUUGUAUUUUCUUUAAAUUCCAACUUCCACAUCCUUUCCUUAAGAAGGGCAGGUAGCUCAUGAGCAGAAUCUUCAUACACUUGGUUUAAUCGUGAUCACACUGAAAUAAGGAAUCUUGCAUUGGCUGUUUGCCAAAAUCCUUUAACUACUGAAUCAGAAGUACCCAGGUUAGAUUUUUUUUUAUUAAACUAACUUUCCAAACUAGAAUAUAAUCUGAGUACCUCUGAUUUUCCUGGUUAGAUUUACUUUGCUUUUACUCUAUAUAUAAGAAAAACAAUGCAAAUAGCUCUGCUUCAUCUGUCUUCUCAUUCCAAUCCAACAACCAGUUGAGUAAUUUUUGGAAAAAGGUGAGGUAAUUUUUGGUCAUUACUUUUGGUAAAACUAUGAUGAACCACUGCACCUUUGCUGUUUUAUCACUUCAUCAAAUCUUCAUUAUUGGUUUGAAUUACACCCCAACUGUUACACCUUCAUCAUCUCAAGAGAUUGGUCUUUUGUGUUCUCAGGAUUUAACCUGGUAAUAGGCACUGCAAGCACUAGGACAAACUUACACCCAGGAACCUUGUCUCUGCUUAUCACCUGGUUUGACUGUCACUUCCAUGGAUUUUAUUGGCUGUGUAAGCUUCCUAUUCACUGUAUGGGACAUCAUUAAUAUCUAAAUCUAAACCAAGCUGCUUUAUGCAAUUUUCAAAAAAUUUCUGAAUAUAUUGUCUGGGAUUAAACUUGAAUUUGUUUUUACCACUGGCUUAUGGGAGCCCUUCUAUUAAAUCUUUGAUAAGUUGGCUACUCAUAUUUUUGACCUCAAAUUAUAACAAUAACUUAUUCUGCAAGAUUCGUCCUUGGCUUGAAAUUGCAUUGUGCAAUAGCAGGCUAUUUUAUAGCAAUUAUUUAGCUCCUUCUCAGAAGUUUUAUUGAUUGCAUAGAAAAAUGUUUAGGCAUUAUGCAAGUAGAGAUCAAAACGAGCCUGGAAUACAGCAUAUUACUUAGGAUAACCUGUUGCCCUGGAUGUUCUUGCAGCAAUGUAUAUCACUCCAAUCAAACAAUCUUAAAAUGAUGUUUAUUAUACAUAUUUUAUUCUCAAAAGACAAAAUACUGUUUCUACAAUAUAAUUUAUUUCUGCUUAUCUUUCAUUGGAUUUGCUUUUUCAAUUCCCGACUGUGUAAGAAUUUUCCAUGGUGAGAUGAAAGUUAAAGUGUCACAGAAGUGCAGCUUUUUUCUGCAGCUGUCCUUCAGGAUUCUUCCUGUGAUGACAUGGUUCAGGAGCUAAAUUACAUACAGAACAACGAACAUUGUUUAAAAUGUUGAUGUACAAGAUAUUAAUGGUGAUAUUCUGGAGAAUUAAAUAAUCUACAGAAAUAUAGCAUUUGCAGUUUUGUAAACACUGAGAUGAUUGGAAAACAAUUAUAGCUUGGAUUUUUGAGCAUUACAAACAUUCUAAAAUAAGCAAUAUGUCUGUAGUCAUUAAGUUCAAGCAAACAACUGUCUGCAAACUAUAAUAAUAUUUUUACAUUGAUUUAUGAAAUUUAUGACAUACUGUGAAAAGUUUUGCAAUCUAUAGGGUUUGUGUAAGAAUUCAAAAUCAAAUGCUACAUAUUAUGGGACCACUCACUAAUGUGCGGUCUGUGUAAAAUACAUUUUGUUAUAUUUGUUGUGAUUCUUUCUAACAGUGGAACAAAAAUGUGAUUCUGAAGUGAGGUAUCAAUUUAGAAACAAUAUCAAUGAACACUAAAUAACAGUCUGAUUUUGAAAAUCGCUGUAAUAAUUGACCUAAAAUAUAAUAAUUGAAUUGCAUUUUAAUAUUUGAAUUAUUCUUUUAAUUUAAUUUGAACGUAUUUUCUACAUAAUAAUUUGCUCUAAAAUGGAAGCUGUUUAUUUAGAUAAUUGCGCAGUUUUUCACGAUUAUAAAACCGUAUGGGUACUCCAUGUUGAUAUUAGCCUCAGAAUCACUACUUGUGCAAUAAUUUUUUGAAUCGCAGAUUUUGUCAUUCAGUUCUAUAUAUGGAAUUAAUUCAAUUAACUUCAUUUUUAUAUCAAUUGAUCAAACUUCCACCAGUAAUUUCUGUUGUGCUACAUUCAGAUGGUUUCUGAUCUGUGUUAAAUCUUAUGUAAAAUAAUUUCUGUAUAUUAGAGUGAGCUCAGAGUUUAACAAAUUUCAGUGUUAUUUAAAAAAAAUAAUUUGUUUAUCUUGAAACUGCAAGGAAUAAUAAAUUUUUAACCAAUGUU